ACAUAUUUGUAAUAAGAUCUUUUUUUUUUUGGCUAAAAUAGGGAAUGGCAGGUGGGAAAACAACUCCAAGCAUUUCGCACCCUCAAAUUUAAUUAGUUUCGCAACUAAAACCCACUUUCAUCGCUCUUCGUGUUCUUCGCACCCAACAUGCAACGCUGGCAACACACCAGACACCCGUCCCUUUCUCUCUCUAAAUCCAUGUCACCCAAUCACUUUCUCUUUCUAGUUUCUUUCUCGAUUCUCUUCUCACCCUUCUCUGCCUCUCCCAGAAAUGUCCACAUCGACCACCCCACCUUCUCCUCUCGCGCCGGACAUCUGACGAUUACACAUCGCCGGAUUCUGACGCAUAUCCUCCUCCUGCACCACCACCACCACCACCACCACAAUGGGCCGCUCCCGGUCUGACUACGAUUCAGAAGCCGAACUCGACUGGCCCUUUGGUAAGGUCGACGGCGUAGAUCGGGAUGACCUUAGGGAGACUGCUUACGAGAUUUUCUUCACGACGUGCCGGUCCUCCCCGGGUUUCGGAGGAAGGAAUGCGCUGACGUACUACCCCACGGCGCAGGACACCUUGGAAGGAGGAGGAGGAGGAGGAGGAGGGGGUGGCGGGGGAGGGUUUACGACAAGGAUAAACGGGGGAGGCUUGGUGGGUAUGAGCAGGCUAAAGAGAGCCCUUGGGUUGAAGACGAUAAAGCGAAUGUCGCUAAGGAGGACGGUAUCAUCAGGCGGGUCGACAAACUCGUCAUCGCCGAGAGGAGUCAACUCGGCUAAUCCAUUAUUAACGUUGCCACCACCGUCGAAGGUGAGGCGGCCCAUGACGUCGGCGGAGAUCAUGAGGCAACAGAUGAGGGUGUCGGAGGAGAGCGAUAAUCGGAUUAGGAAAACGCUCAUGAGGACCCUGGUUGGCCAGAUAAGUAGACGAGCAGAGACGAUAAUUCUCCCUCUUGAGCUCUUGCGGCAUCUAAAACCAUCAGAAUUCAAUAACUCCCACGAGUACAGCCUUUGGCAGAAGAGGCAGUUCAAGGUCCUAGAAGCAGGGCUCCUCCUAUAUCCUUCAAUCCCACUAGAAAGAUCAAACUCCUUUGCAAUGCGUCUCAGGGAUAUCAUCAGAGCAAGCGAAACCAAGACCGUCGACACCGGCAAGAAUUCUGAUACAAUGAGAACUAUUUCCAUUUGUGUGGUCUCAUUAGCAUGGAGAAAUGCUAAUGGAUCACCCAAUGAUGUUUGCCAUUGGGCUGAUGGCUUCCCUCUCAACAUCCACCUAUACCUCACUCUUCUCCAAUCCAUCUUUGACCUCAAAGAUGAGACCCUUGUCCUCGACGAGAUAGAUGAGUUGUUAGAGCUCAUGAAGAAGACAUGGUCUACUCUAGGAAUCAAUAAGCUUAUCCACAAUGUGUGCUUCACUUGGGUCCUAUUUCAUCAAUAUGUUGCUACUGCAGAAGUUGAGCAAGACCUAUUAAGUGCUUCUCUAGCAAUGUUGGCUGAAGUGGCCAAUGAUGCCAAGAGGCCUGAUCGCGAUGCUAUAUAUGUUAAGAUUUUGUCGUCAGUAUUGACAUCCAUGCAAAGAUGGGCAAAGAACAAGCUAUUGGAUUAUCAUGAGAAUUUUCAUAAGUGUGGAAUUGGGUUGAUGGAGAAUGUUCUGCCUCUAUCACUGUCAGCUACAAGGAUUUUGGAAGAAGACACUGCAUCUUUAGCGAUGGAGCCAUCAGGGAAUCGGGCGGAUUAUUACAUAAGAUCAUCUAUGAGGAAUGCAUUUGCCAAAAUUUUGGAAAAUGGAAAAGCCAAUAGCAUGGCUGCUGAAGUGGUAGAAGAGGCAAGUGAAGCUCUCCUUCAAUUGGCUCAAGAAACAGAGGACUUAGCAAUGAUGGAGAAAGAGACCUUUAGUCCCAUACUAAAGAAAUGGCACCCCAUUGCAGCCGGAGUUGCGGCAGUGAGCCUCCACAAUUGCUACGGAACCGUGUUGAAACAGUACUUGUCCAGGGUAUCUGUGCUCACCAAUGAGACCAUUCUGGUGUUGCAGAGAGCUGGAAAGCUAGAAAAGAUUCUGGUUCAAAUGGUGGUUGAAGACUCUGUAGAUUGUGAAGAUGGAGGCAAAGCCAUUGUAAGGGAAAUGCAUCCCUAUGAAGUUGACUCCAUCAUCUUGAGCCUUUUAAAAACAUGGAUCGAUGAAAGGUUGAACAGAGGGAAGGAGUGUGUUCAAAGAGCUAAAGAAACUGAGACAUGGAAUCCCAAAUCCAAAUCAGAGCCAUAUGCACAGUCUGCCCUGGACCUAAUGAAAUUGGCCAAGGAAACUGUGGAUGAUUUCUUUGAUAUUCCAAUUGAAAAUUCUGAUGAUCUAUUACACGAUCUCUCCAAUGGCUUAGAACUUGUCUUCCGAGACUACACUGCUUUUGUUGCAUCAUGUGGAUCAAAGCAAGCCUAUAUCCCUACCCUUCCCCCUCUAACCAGAUGCAACAGAAGCUCAAAAUUACAUAAUAUAUUGAGGAAAGCAACUCCUUGCAGAGCUGGGGCAAUGGAGUAUUCGGAGCCAUUAGGAUCUAUAGAUGGUGAUCAUCCUCGUCCCUCCACAAGCCGUGGGACACAACGCCUCUAUAUCAGGCUCAACACCCUUCACUACCUUUUCUCCCACAUCCACUCCUUGGACAAGACCCUCUCUCUUGCUCCUCGUGCAAUGUCCCACAACCGCCGCUACUCCACCUCUUCUUCACACUUUGACCUCACUCGCGCCUCCAUCCAAACAGCCACUCAACAUGUCUCAGAGGUGGCUGCCUACCGUCUCAUCUUCCUAGAUUCUAAUCCUGUCUUCUAUGAUAGUCUCUAUGUGGGUGACGUUGCGAAUGCUCGUAUACCCCCUGCAUUGCGCAUACUCAAGCAGAAUUUGACACUCUUGGCGGCAAUUCUCACCGAUCGGGCACAGCCAUUGGCAAUUAAAGAAGUGAUGAAGGCCUCCUUUGAAGCCUUCCUCAUGAUACUGCUUGCCGGGGGAAGUUCUCGGGUAUUCUCCAAGUUGGAUCAUGAGAUGAUUGUGGAGGAUUUUGAGAGCCUUAAGCGCAUAUUCUGCACCUAUGGUGAGGGAAUAUUGGCAGAGGAUGUGGUGGAGAAGGAGUCAGAUACAUUGGAGGGAGUGGUUGCAUUGAUGAAUCAAUCAACAGAGCAAUUGGUUGAAGACUUCAGCAUUGUGGCUUGUGAAGCAAGUGGGUUAGGGAUGGUGGUUGCAGGGCAGAAGUUGCCAAUGCCCCCAACCACAGGAAGGUGGCACAGAGCAGACCCAAAUACAAUCUUGAGAGUAUUGUGCCAUAGGAAUGACAGCACGGCUAAUCGAUUCCUGAAGAGGACAUUUCAGUUGGCAAGAAGGAGAUGAAGCUCUCCUGUUUUUAUACUAUAGGUUUCCAUCCUUUCCUUCCUCCCAUGUUCCAAAGAAGAAAACCAGAACAAGAGAGAGUAGAGGGAGAUUCAUUUUUAUUUCUAAACUAGUCAGCUAUUCUCAAAUGAGUUUGAGACUUUGGUAUCAAGAUUUCUUGUUGGGGACCUAGAAACCUUUGUACAAUUAUUUUCCUUUCUUUUAGAUUUGAGUGUUCAUACACAUCAAACUUUGUUUCACUUUUACAGAACUGAUGAAGGCAAGAAAAUGGAAUGCACUUCUUGAUCA